UGCCAUCACUAUGUUUGGUUCAUAACAGAUAUUGUUCCUACUUAAAAGGUCCAACUUUUUUUCUGGGAAAUGGAGACCAAAUCCCAGAAUGGCAAAUUUCUUUAUUUGCCCCUGCUGUCAGAAUAUGAUCAAUUUGAUAGAGCUGAGAAAGGAGUUACAUCGGACUCUGUUAUUAUCACCGGAAAAACCUCUUUUCUGGAAACGGCUUCUCAUGGACUCAACGCUCUAUCAGGAGUAGGAAUUUUGUCAACUCCAUAUGCGCUAUCUUCAGGAGGGUGGUUAAGCAUGAUUCUUCUUGUCGUCAUUGCAUGUGCGACCUUCUACACAUCCUUGUUAAUCAAGAGAUGUAUGGAUUUUGAUCCUACUAUAAGAAGUUAUCCUGACAUUGGAGAUCGAGCAUUUGGAAAAGCAGGAAGAAUAUUGGUAUCGGUUUUUAUGAAUCUUGAGCUUUACUUGGUGGCAACCGGUUUUCUAAUUCUUGCAGGGGAUAAUUUGCAUAAUCUGUUGCCAGAGGCAAAUUUCUGUUUUUGGGGACUCAGUAUUGGUGGGAAACAAAGCUUUGUAUUGAUCGUUGCUCUCGUCAUAUUACCCACAGUACUGUUAAAGAACAUGAGCAUUCUGGCAUAUGUAUCAGCCUCUGCAGUUUUAGCUUCCCUUGUUAUUAUUGGUUCAAUUUUCUGGGUAGCAACUUAUGAUGGUAUCGGCUUUCAUAAAAGGGGAGUCAUUCUGAAUUGGAGAGGAAUCCCGACAUCUUUUAGCUUAUACGCCUUCUGCUAUUGUGCCCAUCCUGUUUUUCCAACUUUGUACACUUCAAUGGAAAAUCAGAAGCAUUUCUCCAAGGUAAUGCUUCUGUGCUUUUCAUUCGCUACGAUAAAUUAUGCAUCGAUAGCAGCUAUGGGGUAUUCAAUGUUUGGCUCCGACGUCGAGUCACAAAUUACCUUGAACCUUCCAACUGAAAAGUUUAGCUCGAAAUUGGCUAUAUACACCGCCUUGAUCAAUCCGAUAGCCAAGUACGCACUAAUGAUGACACCAAUUAUCAACAGACUCGAGGAACGUUUCCAGUCUCACAAUGAUAAAGGAUCAUCGUCAUUUAGCCUCCUGAUUCGAACCAUCUUGGUGAUAAGCAGUGUUGCUGUUGCGCUGACCAUACCAUUAUUUGGGUAUCUCAUGUCACUAGUUGGAGCAUUUCUUAGUGUCACUGCUUCAAUUUUGCUACCAUGUUUAUGCUACUUGAAGAUUUCAGGCACUUACAGAAAGCUUAGAUUUGAGAUAGUCAUAAUAGGCCUGACAGUACUAAUGGGAAUCCUAAUCUUUGUUACUGGUACAUACACAUCUUUGAUAGAGAUAAUACAACAUUUUUAAACUUUGUAUUAUACAAUUUCAUUUGUUGGAUCUAUAGUGUUUCAAUAGCUGUUCUGAAAUGAAAUUGAUUUUGUAA